CCCCAGAGCUCCCGCGCGUUUAUUGGAGAUGAGAGCGGACAGUCACAGUCGCACCGCAGGACAGACCCGAACCAGAGACUAGUGACAGGACCAGAACCACAUCUGCGCUGUAUCAGUGUUGGAUGAGUUUGUGUCUGAUCGGGGUUGAAGGUGGGACUAAACUCACUCCAGAGGAGACUCAUGAUGGACAGGUGGAGUGACGGCUGUUUGGCAGUGCUGGUGAUAUUUCUGGGUCACGUGAUCAGCGCACUGGAGGUCCCUCUUGACCCUAAACUUCAGGAAGCAUUGCCGCAGCCCCCCACAAUCACCCAUCAGUCUCCAAAAGAUUACAUCAUCGACCCGCGAGAAAGCAUCGUCAUCCACUGUGAGGCCAAAGGAAAGCCACAUCCCAGCUUCUCAUGGACAAGAAACGGGACUCAUUUCGACAUCGAUCGAGAUCCUAAAGUGAUCAUGAAGCCUCAUUCAGGAACUCUUGUGAUUGACAUCAGCGGAGGAGAGAGAUCUGAAGCGUAUGAGGGCAUUUAUCAGUGUACCGCUCGCAACGAACUCGGCACCGCCGUCUCCAACAACAUCAUCAUCCGACAGUCCAGAUCUCCUCUGUGGUCUAAAGAGAGAAUGCAACCAAUCAUUGCACAGCAAGGAGAAUCUUUAAUUCUUCACUGCCGCCCCCCGGCUGGACUCCCCCCACCCAUUAUAUUCUGGAUGGACAACAAUUUCCAGCGUCUGCCUCAGAGUCGACGAGUUUCUCAGGGGCUCAACGGAGAUCUGUAUUUCUCUAACGUCCAGACGGAAGACUCCAGAAGCGACUACAUCUGUUACGCUCGAUUCCCACACACGCAGACCAUACAGCAGAAGCAGCCAAUCACGGUCCGCGUGCUCAACAUGGAUUCAAUGAAUGACACACUGGCAGUUUAUUUCAAUGACUCUGGUUUGUUUAGUGAUAAACCAUCAGAGGAGCGAGCGCCCACAUUCAUGAUUCCCAGCGGCUCCAGCAGCUCUAAACUGGUUCUGAGAGGAGAGACUCUUGAGAUGGAGUGUAUCGCCGACGGCCUUCCCACUCCAGAGGUGUCGUGGAUGAAGCUCAGCGGUGAGAUUCCCAGCGGACGCGCUUCAUUCCUGAACUUCCACAAGACUCUGCGGAUCACAGACGUGUCUGAGGCCGACGCUGGAGAAUAUCGUUGCACUGCCAAGAACCGACAUGGCUCGACUCAACACACCAUCAGAGUCUCCGUCAAAGCCGCUCCGUACUGGAUCAGCGCUCCCAGGAAUCUGGUUCUGGCUCCACUGGAGAUGGGGACCAUCACCUGCCGGGCGAGAGGACACCCCAAACCCACCAUCAGCUGGUCCAUGAACGGAGUACCAAUCGAGAACGCUCCUAAAGACCCCAGCAGGAAGGUUGAAGAUGACACUAUCAUAUUCACAGAGGUUCAGACGGGCUCCAGUGCUGUUUACCAGUGUAACGCAUCCAAUGAAUACGGAUAUUUACUGUCCAAUGCUUUCGUCAAUGUGCUGGCCGAGCCGCCCAGAGUUCUGACUCCCCCUCAUAAAGUCUAUCAGGUCAUCAUGAACAAACCCGCUCUGCUGGAGUGUGCGUCAUUCGGCUCGCCCAUACCAACCAUCACAUGGUUUAAAGACAGUCGCUCCAGUAUAUUAGAGGGAGAUCCGUAUGUUUUUCAUAAGAACGGGACUCUGGAGAUUCACUUGUCUCAAGCCCUCAACAGCGGGAAAUAUACAUGUGUUGCCCGGAACUCCCUUGGCAUCUCUGAGAACCAUGUGUACCUGGAGGUCAAAGAGCCCACACGAAUCUUGCGUCAGCCGGAGUACAGGGUGGUUAAGAGGAACAGAGAUGUGGUGUUUGAGUGUAAAGUGAAGCACGACCCCUCUCUAGUGCCCACUAUGAUGUGGCUAAAAGAUAACGCAGAACUGCCUGAUGAUGAGAGGUUUCGAGUAGAUUCAGACAGUCUGACUAUCACUGAUGUGACAGAGAGUGAUGCAGGUACAUACACGUGCAUCAUGAACACAACACUGGAUGAAGACUCGGCCAGCGCUCAGCUCACUGUAGUCGAGGCCACGCCCACUCCUGCUGUGAUUUACGGACAGCCUGAUGCUCCCACUGAUCUGGAGUUGACUGAUCCUGGAGCGAGAAGUGUUGAUCUCACCUGGACACCUGGAGACGAACACAACAGCCCCAUCAACAAGUUUGUGAUUCAGUAUGAAGAUGGUCUUCAUGAGAGCGGCGUGUGGCACAAUCUGACUGAAGUUCCUGGAACAAAGACGACCGCUCACCUGAAGCUCUCGCCGUAUGUGCAUUACACAUUUAGAGUACUGGCACUCAAUGAUGUGGGAUACAGUCAGCCCAGUGCCCACUCACGACUGUACAGAACCAACCCCGCAGCUCCUGAUGUGAACCCCAGUAAUGUGAGCGGCUUCGGCACUGAACACAAUAAUCUAGUGAUCACAUGGACGGCGCUGACGGGUCUGCAGUCGAACGGUCCUGGACUCCAGUAUAAAGUCAUGUGGAGACAGCAGGAUGUGGAGGAGGACUGGACGUCUGUCAAUGUCGCCAAUGUUUCUAGGUUUACGGUAUCUGGGACACCCACGUUUGUACCGUACGAGGUGAUGGUUCAAGCGCUGAACGAUUACGGUUCCGGACCCAAACCUGCCGUCGUCAUUGGAUACUCAGGAGAAGACUUUCCGGCGGCCGCACCUCGUGAUGUUCAGGUUCUGGUGAUGAACAGCACACUGGCUGAAGUUCGCUGGAGUGAAGUUCCUCUCGGAUCAGUUCGUGGACGACUGCGGGGAUACAAGAUUCAUUAUCAUCGUGAGAGGAGUUUACACCGACACAACUCACAUCACAGUGAACACAGAACUGAAUCAUUUGGCCCAAACAAAACCAGCGGCAAACUGCCACACCUGCACCCAUACAGCGUUUACAGUGUGCACGUGACGGCAUUUAACGGGCGAGGAGAGGGUCCUGCCAGCUCUGUCCAACGCUUCGAGACACCUGAGGGAGUUCCUGGUGUGCCGUCGUACUUCAGAGUGUCUGGUUCCGAUCUGGACACGCUGACGCUGGAGUGGGGUCCACCUCAUGAGAGGAACGGCCGUCUGACGGGAUACACACUUCAAUAUCAGACAGUCAACAGCAGCAGUGAAGUGGGCGUGUUAGAGGAGCUGAACCUGCCGGCCAAUCACACGAGUGUAACGCUGCACAACCUCAAGCACAGCACACGAUACAAGUUCUAUUUCAGCGCUAAAACACAGAAGGGCCCGGGGCCAGCGCUCACAGACGAGGCCCUCACCAUCAUCGAUAAAGCGGUGCCGAUCACCCCAGCAUUUGGGAACAUUAGCUCGUCUGUGAUCGAGGACGGAACGUUAAUCAGUUGGGAAUACUGGGGCCCGGAAAAACACCUUUAUGUUGAAUAUAUUAUAGACGACAGUGAUGAAGACUGGCACACAGAGAAGGUGAACGGCUCUCAGUUCCAUGUUCUUAAAGGGUUGAAAGAAGGUUUGGCGUAUAAAGUGCGUGUGGUUGCCAGAGGUCAUGAUGAUGAGACUCUCCAUCACUCUGAAGAGCUGUUGAUUAAGGUCCCAGCGAUGGUGAGUCCUCAGGUUGAUAUCGCCACUCAGGGCUGGUUCAUCGGUCUGAUGUCAGCGAUCGCUCUCCUCAUCCUCAUCCUGCUCAUCGUCUGCUUCAUCAAGAGGAAUAAAGGUGGAAAAUAUCCAGUGAAAGAGAAGGAAGAUGCUCAUGGAGAUCCAGAGAUUCAGCCCAUGAAAGAUGAUGAUCUGACAUUUGGAGAGUACAGUGACGAGGAUCAUAAACCGCUGAAAGGGAGCCGAACGCCGUCCAGCGGAACCGUUAAACGAGACGACAGUGACGACAGUUUAGUUGACUACGGCGACUCCGGAGACACGCAGUUCAACGAGGACGGAUCAUUUAUCGGACAGUAUAGCGGGAAAUCUGAGCGAGACGUGGUGCGCGGGCACGAGAGCUCAGAGCCGCCCUCGCCCAUUAACGCCAUGAAUUCAUUUGUGUAGAGUGACGUGACGCAGCGGAUAUUACGUGAUUCUGGACACUGACUGAUGAAACUGUUUUAUCAGAGAUGAAUCGAGCGGAUCGCUCUGUAACACGUGCGGAUUGGAAGCGGACGGACUUUUACACGUGACUUUCAACAUACAGUAAUGACUCUGUUCAGAACGGCACUCGUACCGUGUAUCUGUGUACAUCAAAUCUGCAUUAUACAACCAGUGUUGGGUAAGUUACUCAAUAAAAAAGUAAUCCGUUACAAAUGGCUAAUUACUUCUCUGUAAUCUGAUUACUUUUUUAAAAGUACACUUUCUGCUCAACAAAUUCAAAAUAAUGUCUGUAUAUUUCCUCAUACACUCGGCACAUCAUAUUUCUCCUUUAUAAUUACUCAUUAGUGACACAAUCAGAUGUGUAAUUCAUGUUUUAAAUGUAUUCUACGUAAUAUAGUUUUAUAAAUAUGUGUAACCUAGUUAUGCACUUAAAAUAAUUCAAAGUCAGUAUCUGUAACCUGAAUGCAAGAAUUUAAAAUGUAAUGCAUGACACUACUUUUGACUUGAAGUAAUCACACCCAACACUGGAUACAACAGAUCACAUUUCAUGUAACUUCAGUAUUUUUCUCUUAUUAUCCGGUAAACUACAUUUUUUUUUAUUAUUUCAAUUUAAUAACAAGAUUCCAUAAAAUUCAAUUCCCCUUUUCUCCCCAAUUUGGAAUGCCCAAUUCCCAAUGCACUCUAAGUCCUCGUGGCGGAGGACGAAUCUCAGUUGUCUCCGCGACUGAGACAGUCAAUCCACGCAUCUUAUCACAUGACUUGUUGAGCGCGUUACCAUGGAGACAUAGCGCGUAUGGAGGCUUCACGCUAUUCUCCGCGAUCCACGCACAACUCACCACACCCCCCAUUGAGAGCAAGAACCACAUUAUAGCGACCACGAGGAGGUUACCCCAUGUGACUCUACCCUCCCUAGCAACCGGGCCAAUUUGGUUGCUUAGGAGACCUGGCUGGAGUCACUCAGCACGCCCUGGAUUCAAACUCGCGACUCCAAGGCAAUUAAGUCAUCUUUAAUAAAAUAAAUAAAAAAACGAAAUAUUUUUAGUUUUGAUUUAAUUUUGUCAACAUUGAAUUUGAAAUGCAUAAAUAUUAAAAAUAGCCUGAAAUAUUUGUUUGAUUGUACAAAUAUCUUAAUAUCCAUAAAAACAAGAAAAAAUGGCUUGAGAAGCAGAAUGGCAUAAGAUAUCUUGUUUUCAGAGACAUUUAUAAAAUGCUGUGGUUCAUGCUUAAAACAGGAAAAACGAUUUGCCCAUUUAAGAAAAAUAAACUUUCUUUUCUUAGCACAUAAUCAUAAAUGUAACACAAUUUCUCUGAAAGCAAGACAAAAUAUCUAUCUUAUGUGGUUUUACUGGAAAAUAAGCCAAAAAUAUCUAUCAACUGUGACAUCUAAUGAACAUCUUUAUCUUUAAUAUUUGAUCCGACUGUCAAAUAUUUACUCAAAAUUAAGCUAAAAAUGCAGAAUAAGCAUAAUAAUUUCUAUACUGAUAAGAUGAUAACUGAGUUCAUGCAUAAUUCUGUUUAAAAGCAUGCAAUAAUGCCUACUGUUGUACUGAAUAUUUGAAGAUAGUGUGCAGUACACUUGUACUCCAUUCUGAACAGACAAUUUAUUCAUGCAUGCAGACAAUAUUCUGAUAUUACAUACAGAGAAACAUUACGAUAACGAUGCAGAGAUAAAACACCUUUCAUUUGUUUCUCGUAUUAUAUGAGUGUUACUGUAACUGUACAGGUGAAAUGUUUUUCUGGGCUCUGUUGACAUUUUGAUUUUAUAAUAAACUGUACGUCUUUUUUCACAAAAGCGAUCCAGUGCAAAAAAACACCUGAGAGAGAUGUGUGUUUACCUUCUGUAGAUUGUGUCACCUGACCUCAUGACAUCACAUGAACACCUGUCUUAACCCUAUCAUGACCUCUAUGUGAACCUGUGCAGUUUCCAUAGCAACCCAAACCAUGACACGCUCGUUCUUCACUGGUUUCUGCCAAAAGAUGAGAUUUAUAAGUGAAACUGAAUUGUGUUUGUCAAUCCAAUCGUUUUUAUGAUACAGUGUAGAAAUGCAACUAGAAUUCAAAUGAGAAACAUUCGAUUUGAUGGUGACACUCACAAAGAAAUGUUCAGGUCAUAUUUCACAUCAAAUCUGAAGAAGAAAAUGAUCCUUAUUUAUUUAAAUGAGCAUAAGUUAAACUCAGUACUAUUAUUACUACCAUGAUGUAUAAAUACUUUUAUUUCAGUCCAACUUUUCUUCAUUAAUUAUCAUUAUACUGUAAUGUCAGUUUGGGAAGAAAAGUUGUUUAACUGUCAUAAAAAUAUUGUCAUAAUGUCAACAAUAAAUCUCUAAUGGGUCCAACAAAUAGGCUUCAUUUUCUUUAUGCAAAAUAUAAUUUGCCGUCAGAUAUGAGCUGGAUGUUUUCUGUAGAUCAGUUUGUUAAAUGUAUUUGCCGUGUGUGAGUUUGUGUGUGUGAGAUUAUGAUUUUUUUUUUCAUAACUUGCAUCAAGUUUGAAUUUGAAAUGUAAGCUUUUUGUAUUGAUACUUUGUUACGUUUGUAAAUAAAAUGGAGUUUGUUGUAGUGUUUGAGGUGCAGGUCAUGUGACUUCAUUUAGCUGUGAUUAUUGUUUAUUCAGAUAAUCACAGCUCAUAUUUAUAUAUAACAGUAUUUAUCUCUUAGUUUAACUGUGUCUCAUGUUUUACUCCAUCAUGUUAUUAAAGUUUACAGGUUUAUUGCAAUGCAAAUAAUACAAGUUAUGCACAUGUGAUACUAUAACACAACUGUAUUCACUCAUAAUUGUGAUUAUUAUUUCAGUCAUCAUGAAAUAUACAGACUGUUGAAUUGUUUGCAUUACAAGUAUUGUAAAGGGAUUUUAUACUGUCAUUAAUCACAGAACUAUUAUAGCUUCAGGAUUUACUAAUAACACGUGUCAUUUUAUCACUAUAUAAGAUUGAUAAUAAUAUGGAA